UGCGUGGACUCGUAACACACAGGCGACCUGUAAGGUUGGACCCGAUCUGCAAAUCCAGUCUUAGACUAUUCGCGAUGUGCUAGACGCGGUCGUCAAUAAGUGUCUCUCAAGAAGCAACUGUGCAGACAAAUUCUUCCACAUCGAUCUUUUUGAGCCACACUCGUGGGCUCAGUUCCACCACCAUCAUGGGCGUCCUAGUGCUCUUGAUCCAAUGCGUGGCCAUGUUUGCGGCCAGUCUCCUAGUGGGAAGUCUCCCCUUGAUGUUCAAAUCCGCAGCUUCCGGUAAACGUUUAAAAGCCAUCUCAGUCUUCGGGAUGGGUAUCCUAGUCGGCGCAGCCUUGACUAUCAUCAUACCGGAAGGCGUGUCGACUCUUUAUGAAGCUCUGCCCGCGUCUGCGGAGGAAGGGGCAAAUAUGGCUAUUGGCUUCAGUCUUCUGGCUGGAUUCGCUCUCAUGUUGUGCAUGGAGUCACUGACCCCUCAUCCUCCUCACGACCCCUCCGAAGUAACUCCUACUCCAGACGAUGAGACGUCGCCUCUCCAAUCGCCGGCGAGGCGCAAUUCAGAUGAUCGGUCGCGACCGCUACCUCCCCAUCUCGAUUCGAGUACUCCCAUGAUACCGAAACGCCUGCACAUGGAUGAUUCUUCACACAAAGUCGACACCUUGUUCCACUCGCCUAAUGGUCAUAGGGGACUUAACGCGACCCUGGGUAUGGUGAUCCAUGGUAUCGCUGAUGGUAUCGCCCUCGGAGCGAGCAGUCUGUCCGCCCGCAAAAGUCUAGGCCUCAUCGUGUUCCUCGCUGUGCUCGUACACAAAGGACCGACGGCGCUUGGUUUGACCACUACUCUUCUCUCCCUCUCUUUACAUCCCUCGCUCAUCAGAAGAUGUUUGAUCAUUUUCUCUUGUGCUGCACCCAUCGGGUCACUCAUUACAUAUGGUCUCGUGUCCCUCUUCGGUCAUCAAAGCUCUCACGGCAAGUCCAGCUCCGUAGAUAGGCUAGGGUGGUGGACAGGUAUCUCGUUGUUGUUCUCUGGCGGAUCUUUCCUCUACGUCGCUACAGUCAUACAACCUCUGUCAGAACCUCACGAUCAUGGGCAUGAUCAUGGUCAUGGGCAUGGAGAGUCUCAAAGGGACAAUGGGGAUCCCACAAUCGGCAAAUACACUCGGACGGCAUUGCUCAUAUCGGGUAUGUUGCUGCCUGUCAUUCUGAGCACCGUGGUGGGAGGUGGAGAUCAUUGAGCGGACAGUGUUGCCCAUGCUCAUAUGAGAUACAUGCACCACACG